CAAUUACUCUGAUAAAAAAUAAGGAUAAUGGAGCUGCAGUCCCUUUCUGCGAAUUUGCAAAAGCAGUUUGCCAAAAGCCGCACAUGAAUGGUAUGAUCAAGCAAUUGCUCAUCAGAAUUGGAACCUCUGUGAUGGUUGCCUACUAUAAAAGUGAGCAGUGGAGAAAGGCAAGGAAAGUUCUGGACACAUUACAGGAAAUUCCAGUGAAUUUUACGAUAUUGAAGGGUCUUGUUAGUGAGUAUACUGUAUCAAGAUGCCAGAUCAUUAAUAUUGCUGGAGAUGCCUUUCUCAGAACAGGAUGUGUGAAUAAAGCACUUCGCCUAUUAAGAGAAUCUGGUUGGAUAAUCUGUACUCCAGCUUGGCCCUGUGAUGAUUUGGAUGUUCUCAAUCGACACAACUUUUUGUUUAGCCUUGCUGAUGCAACUCUUAAGAAUAACAUGUAUUGUGAAACACUGGAAAUUUUGCAGAACUUGCCUGGAUUCCAGAAAAUAAAUGGUAUCAUGGAUAUCUCACUGUAUGUCAAUAUUUUCAACAAUCUGCUGCAAGAGUGCAUCCAGAAUAAUUGUCUUGGGGUAUCAACUGACACACUGGAGUUUAUGAGAUCAGCAAACAUUCCUGUAAACACUUUGGCUGUAAGAAACUUAAUUACAGCUUUAGGAAGAUCUUGUUUGUGGCCAAAAGCAAGAAAACAGUAUAAGAAAGCUUUGUCCAGUGGGUGCUAUCCACCAGUUGAGGAAAACCUGUACCGUAAACUGCUCCCGAUUCCGUGCUUCCUGUCAGAAGUGGAAAUGUUAUUGGCAACUGAAAUGUUCCUUGUUAUGAAUGCUAGCAACAUUCAGAGCCCCAGCGUCUCCAAACAAUCUCUGCAGAUUGUACUGAGAAGGAAUGAAGAUGAGAAGAAUCCGUUGACAAAUGGAGAUUAUGAAGCAGCUGUAGACAGAUUACUGGUUGCUGCUCGAAUGUCCGAACCAAAGCUUCAGAUAAAGCACACAACAGUCAACAUUGCAAAAGAAGAAGUUUUUAGUUUAGAAUAUUCCUCUGCUCUGAAGUGGCUGGAAUGGAACAUGAAAUGGGCUGGCAAGGUUUGGCUGUUCGACUAAU